GGCGCAGUAGCCAGUGAGCACACUCUUGGUCAGCAGCGAGGGCAAUAUGGCUUCCUGCACCUGGUGAAUUUGGCACCAUGGAGAAAUCGCGGGGCACUGAGGAGACGCCGUCUUCAGAGCCAAUGGAAGAGGAGGAGGAGGAUGACUUGGAACUCUUCGGGGGCUACGACAGCUUCCGAAGUUACAACAGCAGCGCGGGCAGUGAGAGCAGCUCCUAUCUAGAGGAGUCAAGUGAGGCGGAGAAUGAAGACCGGGAAGCCGGGGAGCUUCCCACCUCACCUCUGCAUUUGCUCAGCCCUGGGAACACCCGCUCCCUGGAUGGAAGCGGUUCUGAGCCAGCGGUCUGUGAGAUGUGUGGUAUCGUGGGCACGAGAGACGCUUUCUUCUCAAAGACCAAGAGGUUCUGCAGUGUCUCGUGUUCCAGGAGCUACUCCUCCAACUCCAAGAAAGCCAGUAUCUUGGCCAGACUGCAGGGAAAGCCACCCACCAAGAAAGCCAAAGUGCUGCACAAGGCAGCCUGGUCUGCCAAAAUUGGAGCCUUCCUCCACGCCCAGGGGACAGGGCAACUAGCAGAUGGGACACCCACAGGACAAGAUGCUCUUGUCUUAGGGUUCGACUGGGGAAAGUUCCUGAAGGACCACAGUUACAAGGCUGCUCCUGUCAGCUGCUUUAAACACGUGCCCCUCUAUGACCAAUGGGAAGAUGUCAUGAAGGGGAUGAAGGUGGAAGUCCUCAAUAGCGAUGCUGUGCUCCCCAGCCGGGUGUAUUGGAUCGCCACUGUCAUCCAGGCGGCUGGGUACCGAGUGCUGCUUCGGUAUGAAGGCUUUGAAAAUGAUGCCAGUCAUGACUUCUGGUGCAACCUGGGGACUGUGGAUGUCCACCCCAUCGGGUGGUGUGCCAUCAACAGCAAGAUCCUGGUGCCUCCACGGACCAUCCAUGUCAAGUUCACUGACUGGAAGAGCUACCUCAUGAAGCGAUUGGUGGGCUCCAGGACACUUCCUGCAGAUUUUCACAUCAAGAUGGUGGAAAGCAUGAAGUACCCCUUUCGGCAGGGCAUGCGCCUAGAGGUGGUGGACAAGACCCAGGUGUCACGGACCCGCAUGGCUGUGGUAGACACAGUAAUUGGGGGUCGCCUUAGGCUUCUCUAUGAGGAUGGUGACAGUGAUGACGACUUCUGGUGCCAUAUGUGGAGUCCCCUGAUUCACCCAGUGGGUUGGUCCCGGCGUGUUGGCCAUGGCAUCAAGAUGUCAGAGAAACGAUGUGACAUGUCCCAUCACCCCACCUUCCGGAAAAUCUACUGUGACGCUGUUCCUUACCUCUUCAAGAAGGUCCGAGCUGUCUACACAGAAGGUGUCUGGUUUGAGGAAGGAAUGAAACUAGAAGCCAUUGACCCUCUGAAUCUGGGCAACAUCUGUGUAGCAACCAUCUGCAAGGUCCUCUUGGAUGGUUACCUGAUGAUCUGUGUGGAUGGGGGGCCCUCCACAGAUGGCUCAGACUGGUUCUGCUACCAUGCCUCCUCCCAUGCCAUCUUCCCAGCCACCUUCUGCCAAAAGAAUGACAUUGAGCUCACACCCCCAAAAGGGUAUGAGACCCGACCUUUUGACUGGGACACCUACUUGGAGAAGACCAAGUCAAAGGCAGCCCCUGCAAGACUUUUUAACAUGGACUGCCCCAACCAUGGCUUCAAGGUGGGCAUGAAGCUAGAGGCUGUGGACUUGAUGGAGCCCCGGCUCAUCUGUGUGGCCACGGUGAAGCGGGUGGUGCAUCGGCUCCUUAGCAUUCACUUUGAUGGCUGGGACAACGAGUACGACCAGUGGGUAGACUGCGAAUCCCCGGACAUCUACCCUGUGGGCUGGUGUGAGCUCACCGGCUACCAGCUCCAGCCUCCAGUGUCUGCAGAACCAAACACACCUCUGAAGGGCAAAGAGGCCACAAAGAAGAAAAAGAAGCAAUUUGGGAAGAAAAGGAAAAGGGUCCCAUCAGCCAAGACUCGACCCGUCAGACAGGGCUCCAAGAAGCCCUUACUGGAGGAUGACCUGCAGGCCUUGGGGGUCUCAUCGGAGCCUGUUUCUGAUGACAUCAUUGCUGUGUGUGUGAAGGAGGAGCACCAGGACAUCUCCUCGCCUGACCGGUCACCCAGUCCACAGCUGCCUCUCCCCAUUGAGAGCAUCAAGCAGGAGAGGGACAACUGAGCCAUCCCUAGUGCCAGUUUGGAGGCCUGGCUUCACUGCUGCACACCGAAUGGACAGCCUGGUCUUCUAGGCCCACCUCUGCCCACUGGCCAGGCUUGUGGGCUGGGCAGCUCGAGGUCUAAGCUGGUCUGUUCACUGCAUCCUCAGCACACUGGAAAACUGGACUGCCCCCACGUGUUCACCCAGGGAAGUGGAGGAAGUAACGUUACAGAGCAGCCGUGAGCGGGCAGCCCUGGCGGGCUCUGGGUGGGAAUGAGGCCACCUCUGCCUAAGACAGCUUGAGGACCUCCUGCCUCCUAGGGUGCCCUGCCCUGCCUAGCGCCCUGAGGCCCUGCUGUGGCAGGUAAUGGAGGAGUGAACACGUGAAUGGCCUUGACCUCAGGGUUGACGGGAACACUGACUUCCUUUCUUAAGCAGUUACUUGUAGGGAGGUACCGGAUCCUACAGUGACUUGGCCCUGGGGAUCCUGCUUCUCCAGAGCCUGGCUGGGGUUGGACCUAGCAUUUCCAUUUCCCUGCCUUGGUCAGCCGCGUCACUGCUCAGCUCGCAUCUUUACCUCAAGUUUGAGCUUUUCUUUUUCCCAGUCACACUUUUUGUUGUGAGUUUUCUUGUUUGUUUUGGCUUUGUUGUUUUUGUUUUUGGAGACAGAAUCUUUCUGUGUAGACCAGGUUGGCCUCUGACUCAGAGAUCUCCCUGCCUCUGUCUCCUGAGUGCUAGAGUUAAAGGAGUGCACCCGGUCCCAGUUAAACACUCUUGAAACUGGUCAUCUAGCCCUCCGGGAACAUCCGGGAAACCAGUGGGGCUCCUGCAGUCUGCCGUUUCUGUUUCUCUGUGUUUUGGAGAAGCAGUGUGGCCAUGGCUCCGUGUCCUGUCGUGGCUGUGUUGUGCUGUGUUGUGCUGGUCAGUCUGCACCGUCAUCCUGACAUGUGCUCCCUGGCUUUGCUCAGGACCUAGGCUGGGUUCAUCCCUGAGGUGCCAUGUGAGUGGCCAGUCAGGAGAGAACUCAGUCCUGACAGAGCCCACCCUGUGCAGAACCUAGGUGAGAGAGGCAUUUGUCACAGCCUGAUUUCCUCAAAGGGUAAAUAGGUCUGGAAGUAGAUGGAAGACCACAGCAAAAGGCAGGUUCAGUUCCCAGUAUCCACUCAUAAGCACCUGUAACUUGAGCUCCAGGGGGACCUGCACCUGUUGUUUCCAUGGGUACAAUGUAUAAUUUAUAUAGAUGUACAUAUA